GAUCAGAGUUGGCAGGAAUGGAGCAGACGAGAAGUGGCCCCUGCUCUCCCCCCCAUGAGAACGAGUUUGUGUCCGGGUAUCCAGCGAGUAUCUGCAACAUCGUCCCCGGCAGGAAAUAUCUCUGCUGCAACUGCAACAAUGUCCUAAAGAAGGCGCAGCAAACGCUCUGCGGACACCGCUACUGUGCACCUUGCCUCGCCUGGAUCGUCAGACAUGGUGAAUCUUCCUUGUGCCCCAAGUGUGCGGAGGAGCCGAGUGCCCUGACCGAGGACAGCUACCUGACAGAAGACAAGGCUUUCAGCGACACGGCCAUUAACAAAGAGAUCUCAGAAUUAGGGGUUCACUGCGUGAUUCCGGGGUGCAGCUGGAGCGGGGUGCUGAGCGAGUACGAGGAUCACCACAGGGGGUGUGACUUUGGGGCUGUGCGCUGUCACCUCGGCUGCGGGGCGAUGCCUCAGCGCCGGGCUCUGACCGCGCACUUGGACGGUGAUUGUCCCGCUAACUCCUCGCUGUGUCCCAGAUGUUCCCAGAGAAUCUCAAGGAACCAGAUACCGAAACAUAAUUGCGAGCAAAUGUCCAAGGAUCCGACGGCCCGAAAAUCAGAUAUUCCAGCAAAAGGCCAAAACCCCCAGAGCCCAGCAGACUGUCGCUUCACUCCCUUGGGAUGCACUUACAAGGGAAGCAGAGACAGGAUGAAGGACCACGAGAAGUCAUCGGCAGCGGCGCACAUGUCUCUGGUGUUACCGCUGUUACUACGGAUACAGAGCAGUCCCCUGGCAGAAAACGGAUUUGGUGACUAUAAACCUGCAGGUAUCCACAAUGGAGAGCCUGGUAAAGAGGGGAUCGCCACGGACUGCGGCCACCAUAAUGGCGGUGUGCCGGCGCCUGAUGUGAUCUCCCAGAUCUGUGUGAUGGAAUCCCGGAUACAAGUGGCGGAGAACAUCAUCUCAGUGAUGAGCCGGGAGGUGGAAAGCUUCAGCGCUAAGGUGACGGCCGUGCUGGAGGAGAGGGACGCGGGGCAGCGCAAGCUGCGGGUGUGCGAGGCGAAGAUCACAGAUUUGCGCUGCACAGUUGCUAAGAAGGAAGCGGAGAUUAACGAGUUGCACGCACAUCUGGCGACGCUGGAGCAGACGACGUACGAUGGAAUCUUCCUGUGGAAAAUAAACGACUUCACGAGGAAAUGUCAGGACGCAAGCGUGGGAAGAACCGCCAGCCUCUACUCCCCAGCAUUCUACACGGCGCGGUACGGCUACAAGGUGUGUCUGCGCAUUUACCUGAAUGGAGACGGCGCGGGGAGGGGGACGCACAUCUCGCUGUUCUUCGCCAUAAUGAGAGGGGAACACGACGUCCUGCUGUCCUGGCCGUUCAAGCACAAGGUGACCUUCAUGCUUCUGGACCAGAGUAACCGCGAGCACCUGAUCGACGCCUUCCGCCCAGACGCCUUCUCCGCCUCCUUCCAGCGGCCGGUGAACGACAUGAACAUCGCCAGCGGCUGCCCGCUCUUCUGCCCGCUCUCCAGACUGCAGUCCGGGCGCAGCGCCUACGUGAAGGACGACACCAUGUUCAUCCGCUGCAUAAUAGACACCAGUGAGUAGUCACCGACCGCGCCACAACCGCAACAACCCCAGCGCACUGUGUGAACUGGUAUUUAUAAAGACGUUGAGCGGACACGUCAACAGCGACCAAAACUGACCCCCAACAAAGAUGGACGCCAAAAAGUUGCAAAACAACAGCGCAACCGCCGGAGUCCACCGCAACGUUGAGCUACUGGCAGCCGGCAUCAUUCCGGUAUAAAUGCCGGAGAUUAUUGGGAAUAAAAUUUGGGAUUUUUACAAUUUUAAUAAUAUUCUUUCUCCCAGACGCCCCAGCUCUGUGACCCCCCAAUAUUCUGUUCAUCAGGGUGGAGAAUAGAAUGCUAGAGCUGCAGUACAGACUGACACAGCUAUGCCUGUAUGUGACGCCCCGAGUGGACCCGGAGGCCAGUAAUCACAUCAUCCAGUGACCCCCGAGCUCUCGGUACAUGUAAUCCGCAGACCGUGUAAGCGAUCCGACGGCCAGCUGCUGCUCCCGUUAUCUGCCGGCAGUGCGCGGCGGUAAUCUCUGGCCCGGCGCUAUACGGUUACACGGCAGGGACAUAACCUGUAUGUACGGGGAGAAAACACGUAUGUCUGGGAGACGGCGCACCCGACACUGGGGAUUAACAGCGGCCUCCACACGACUACACCGAUACAUCUGAGGGGCCCCAGGACACCAGAGUUAUAAGUGGCAGGUGGGGGCCCCAGGGGAGAGUCUGCUUUGGGGGCCAAACUACACCUAGGUAGGGGUAAGGUGAUACAUGGAGGCACGAGACAUCUGGGGUGACCUCGCCCCACCGCCUCUGCCCGCCAGGUACUCCGCUGCUCUCAUUCACACCCUGCAGCUGAACGCACAGCAGUUUUCGAGGUCCGUGCAGUUAAAAAAAUGGCAACAAAAUAAAGUGUCAGUGUACACCGCAUUUCUACAUUCUAUUCAUGAACCAGGAGGCUCAGGAUGAACACAGCUAUGCCCCUCCAUAAUGGCAUGCUGCAGAUCAGGGAAUCUGCUCUGAUUUAGGACCUGUUCUUGAGCCC